AUGCAAGCAACCGCGGACGUCGAGAUGCAGCUCUCCGUCCUCAAUCCCCAGCCACAGAGGCUGCCAGGGCCCGGCUUGCUGCAUCACCUAUUAUUUGGUGCGGAAACGGGGCCUGUGAACUCAGAAUAUGUCGUCUCGCGCCGAUCUGAGACAGCUGCCGUUCCGGCACUUGAUUACCAGUCCCCCGACGGCCGGCGUACUGUCUUGUCGUACAGCCAACUGCAUCAGAAAGCCCAGCUACUGGCAUCAGAGAUCAGCCAGAGACAGCUCAAAGCUUCUGAAGCCUUGGCUUCAGUCAGAUCCGGUGAUGCGGGAAGCUCGUUUUCGGCAAAGUCCCAAUAUGACAGCAGCGGAAGUGUGCCGCUUAAGGACCUGGUCGUUCCAGUGCUCGUUCCCCAAGCUCCAGAGCUCUACCUCUCUCUUCUGGCCAUCCUUAAGGCUGGGGGGGCUUUCUGCCCGAUCCAACUGGAUGCGCCAGCUGAUCGCAUUCGCUUCAUUCUGUGCGACGUGUCUGCUACUGUUGUCUUAACAACACAGGAGAUGGCAUCCAAGCUUCCGUCAGACCUGGCCAUCGAGGUGGUGUUGGUUGACCAAAUUCAUCUUCUUGACGACCUAGACCUGCCUCAUGAUACGACUCAGUUGGCCCUGACAGAUGCACCACCGACGCGAAUUCCCACAGAAGUCGACCUCGCCUACGUCAUGUACACGUCCGGGUCGACAGGCACUCCCAAGGGUGUCGGAGUGCCACAUAUCGCUGCAACCCAGAGUCUCCUCUCCCAUGACCGUCACAUCCCGCCCUUUGAGCGCUUCCUGCAGUUUGCCGCCCCGACCUUUGACGUAUCCGUCUUUGAAAUUUUCUUUCCCCUGUUUCGCGGCGCCACCCUCGUCAGCUGCAGCCGUGCAGAAAUGCUGAGCGACCUACCGGCCGUCAUCCGCAGCAUGAAUGUUGAUGCCUGCGAACUCACGCCCACCGUGGCCGGAAGUCUCCUGCGCAGCCGCAAAAACGCCCCGUGCUUGCGCCUGAUGCUGACCAUUGGCGAAAUGUUGACAGAGCCGGUUGUCCGCGAGUUCGGCGCCAGUGCUGGUCACCCCAGCAUACUGUGGGCCAUGUAUGGUCCUACCGAAGCCGCCAUCCAUUGUACACUUCAGCCUGCUCUGGAUGGUGCAGCCUCGGUGAAGAAUAUUGGAUUCCCUCUGGACACCGUUUCGGCGUACGUCUUAGAAAUGCCUUCAGGCGAUCAGCCGGCUGGGCCAAAAGACCCCAAAAUUGUGCCCCUGGGCGACGUCGGCGAGCUGGCUGUCGGUGGGUACCAGCUGGCCCGUGGUUAUAUAAACCGGCCUGAGCAAACCGCUGCGGCUUUCAUCGAUACUGAGAAGUUUGGCCGCCUCUAUCGAACUAGCGACAAAGCCCGCAUUACCGACGAGGGCAUCUUGGAGUGCUCUGGACGCCUGUCAGGCGGACAGGUGAAGCUACGCGGCCAGCGAAUCGAGCUUGGUGAGAUUGAACAAGCUGCUCUUCGAGCGAAUGGCUGUCUUGGAAGCGCAGCCGCCGUGAUCAACGGAAAUCUUGUCGCCUUCUGCGACGCUGGGCCGAAUGAGGAAGCGGAUAUGAAACAGAGGGUGUUAGAGUCAUGCAAGUCUUGGCUGCCCCGGUUCAUGAUACCCGGCGAUAUUGUCAUCAUGUCCGAGUUCCCUCGUCUAGCUUCCGGAAAGGUCGACCGCAGACGUCUUGUCGACCAAUAUGCAGAUUCAUUGCGAUCGGCAGCAGCUUCACAGUCACUCAGCCCGACAGUCUUCAAGGACGAUCUCGAUCGUCAGCUCCAUGAAAUUGCACGUGAUAUCCUCGGCUGCGAAAUAGAAAGCAACUUCCCGCUGGCUGCAGCUGGUGUGGAUUCGCUGCGGUCGAUCCGAUUUGCAGCCUCGAUCCGAUCUGCAGGAUUUCAUAACGUUAGCGCUGUUGAUGUGCUGGAAGCCAAAACAUUGUCUACUCUCCGUGCUCGGAUCCAGCGUCUGAAAGACGAUGCUGCAGAGACUAGCGACGAUGUCGACAUACAUACUGCACAGGAACUAGAUGCGGACACCAUUCUCAGCGCAGCUCCCGUACUCGAAGGGAUAAGCAGAGACUCUAUUGAAUUCAUCUCCGAAUGCACCCCGGUCCAGGCUGCCAUGCUCGGCGAAACGCUCGCAGACCCACAAGCCUAUUGCAACUGGAUCGAAUUGGGCUUCGCAGGCCGGCACGAUGCCGAUGAGAUUGCGUCUUGUUUCCAUCGUCUGAUUGAGGCAAAUGAGGCCUUGAGAACUGGCUUUAUCCACUUUGAUGGCCGGUUUUCCCAGGUGGUUUGGAAGCAGGCUUCUCCAACACAAAUUCAAAAAGUCGACUUUUCGACACGCGACUAUGUCUGGGGUACCGAGCAAUCUUUUCUCAUGGGUUUCCGUGUCGAAGUAUUCGAGACAGAGUCUUGUGACACGGAUAUGACUGUUCGCGCCGUUUUGCAUAUCCAUCAUGCAGUCUAUGAUGGAUGGUCUGCGGACUUGAUUCGCGCAGACUUGGAGACAAUGCUUGGAGGUGGUGAUAUCGCAGCAAGACCUCCGUAUAGUCGCGUGGUUCAGCACUACCUCUCAAUAUCCACAGACGCGACUGAUGCAGCGAAGCAGUUCUGGGCCCAGUUGCUGAACGGACAUCAGCCCAGUCCAUUCCCAGAAUUGAGGACACGGACCGACGAGCCUACUGCUAUUCUUUCACUGGAAAGUCUUCUACCGAGCGUAGACUCCGACGCAGUCGAGAGCAUCUCCAGAAAGCUCGAGUGCGGCACACAAGCUAUUUUCCAGGCAGCAUUGACAUGGCUCUGGGGUUCUCUAAUUGGCUCAAGUGACGUUGUCAUCGGCACGGUAGCUUCUGGUCGGACGCUUCCGGUGGAUGGGAUCGAGGACACUAUCGGCACCUGCCUACAGACGGUACCUCUUCGCGCCGAUCUCUCACAGAUGCGAACGAUCCACGAUCUUCUGAGCACCAUACAGUCUACAAACAGGGCACUUCUUCCCCAUGCGUUUCUACCUCUUGCUGAGAUAAAGAAAACAGCAGAGCUGCUCCUUGGUCAGCCGCUGUACGAUGUAUUGUUUGUGUACCAAGAGUCCCUUUACAGCCAGAGGACCUCGCGGGAUCUCGUUUCAGAAGUGGCUCACAAGGACUAUUUGGAAACAAAACUGCUUUGGGAGAUCGAACCCAGAGAGGGCAAGUUUCACAUUCGAGCGACCUUCCACGGCGACGUGUUCCCCAAAGAGCAGAUUGAUGUCAUGAUGGCGCAAUACCUCUGCAUUGUUCGCCACCUGGCCAACAAUGUGGAUAAAGAAUUGACAUCCAUUCGCUCCUGCUUUCCACAAGAUCUUCUCUCAUGCUACAACAUUGACUACAAGACAUUCAAUGGCUGCGCAGAUCUCGCGCACGUUUUUCAGAAAACGGCUCGGCAAUAUCCUAACAGGCCAGCUGUCUGUUUUGCGAGUUCCAUAGGAGAAGAUGGCAUUGAGUUCCAAACGAUCAGUUAUCGUGAACUAGAUGGUCUUUCGAAUCGUAUCGCCAGAUACCUGCGGUCAAAUGGGGCGGCUCCAGGAAAUAUUGUGUCUAUUAUACUGGAAAAAUCAAUACUUCUUUAUGCUGGCAUGAUUGGAAUCCUCAAAGCCGGUUGCACCUAUGUCCCUCUCCUUCCAAGCAUUCCUUCUGCCCGAGCACGCACUAUCAUGGAGCAGGCGGGCAUUCAGUUCUGCUUGACCAACAGGUUAGCAGCGGCCACCCUUGUUGGUCUACCAGUAACGCCACUUGAUCUUCAGUCAACCGAUCUCGACAAAUUUUCAGACUCUGCUGUUGAGGGUGUACCCGUUGAACCUUCUAGUCUGGCAUACAUCAUGUACACGUCCGGAAGCACAGGCGUUCCCAAGGGUGUCUGUGUCACACACUUCAACAUCUCCAGCCAUUUGGAUGUCUUGACACGCAUCUAUCCACUCAGGCCCGAUGGGAGGUUGUUGCAAUCUUGUUCGCAGGCCUUUGACGUUUCCGCUUUUGAAAUUUUUUUCACUUGGAAGACGGGCAUGUGUCUCUGUUCAGCGGUCAAUGACGUUCUCUUCGAUGAUCUGGAACGUGCCAUUCGUCUACUCAACGUGACCCAUCUGAGCAUGACUCCGACCGUAGCAUCAUUGGUAAAUCCAAAGAAUACUCCGUCUGUUGAGUUCCUGGUGGUAGCCGGUGAGCCACUCCUAGAGAGCGUUUUCAACAUGUGGUGGCCAACGGGAAUUCAUGUUGGAUACGGCCCAUCCGAGACCACAAACAUUCUCACAGUAAAACAUAUGACAUCCCAGAAUGACGUCACAUCGCAGCUGGGAUUUUCGUUUGAAAACACGUCGACUUUUGUUCUUCACUUCGACAGUCUUGAGCCAGUGUCUAAAGGGGCGUUGGGCGAGUUUUGCUUCGGAGGUGAUCAAGUUGCGGCAGGAUACUUGCAGCUGCCAACGAUGACCGCCGAGAAGUUUAUCGAUCAUCCGUUUUAUGGAAGAAUCUACCGCUCAGGUGACGUCGGACGAAUGCGUCCAGACGGCUCUCUGUUGAUCAUUGGGCGGAUAGACGACCAAAUCAAACUUCGCGGCCAGCGGAUCGAACUCAAUGAGAUCAAUUCCAUUCUCCAAGAAUCCGGACUUGUAUCGGAGCCCAUAACGCUUCUUCUCCGCCACGGCGACUCGAACCCUGAGUUGCUGGCAUCUUUCUUCACACCUUCCAAACGAGAUAGUUUGGGAUCCACAUUGUCCACAUCCCAUGUUACCGACUUGAGUAAUGAAUCCUCUUCCUUCAUGAUCAGGCAGCUGUUCAGCCUGUUGCAGUCACGCCUGCCAGCCUACAUGGUCCCAACUCAUCUGAUACCAAUAUCGUCCAUCCCGCUUACCCCGGCCGGAAAGACAGACAAGCGAGCCUUGAAAGAGCUAUUUCAAGCUCUUCCGCUGGAGCUUCUGUCUUCGACGAGCAAUUCUGGCGGAAACAUUGAUGGUGGUGACAAAAAUGGCGGCCAGUGGUCGGAGUUGGAAAAACAGAUCGCCCGGAUCAUUUCUGAGGCGCUCAAGGUUGGCGUGCAGUCCAUUGGCCGAUGGACACCUCUCCCGAGUCUCGGUCUCGACUCAAUCUCAGCUAUUCGUCUGUCCAAACUUGUUCAACAGUCACUCCAACGCCGGCUCCCGAUUUCAGUUAUCCUCAAAAAUGCAACUGUCGCGCGGCUAUCACAGGCUCUCAGGGACGAGUCCCCCAAAAUCGAUGCGCCAAGCCUCUAUUCGCUCGACCUCUUCUCCGCAAAUUUCCUUUCCGAGUUGCGGCAGACACUGGAUUCUCGCGGCCUAGUAUGUGGCAAAGUACUGCCUUGCACACCCCUGCAAGAAGGCAUGCUCGUUUCUCCUGCACGGAACCAAUCUUACAUCAACCGCAUGCUGUUCAAGCUGAGUGUUCGCCCAGAAAAGUUGCAAUCCGCUUGGAUGAGAAUAAGCGAGCGCGAGGAGAUCUUGCGCACAUGCUUUGUUACAACGGACAGUCCCAGUCAUCCCAUCUCCCAAGUCAUUCUUGAAGGCUGGAAAUCAUCAUGGAUUGAAUAUGAUACGCAAGAUUCAGACAGCCAAGGGACUGCAACUUCCAUUGAAAACGUCAUCGAUCGGCACGUGCAAUCGCUGGCAGAUCCAGUUGACUCAUACCAGCCGCCUGUCUCCUUUGCGGUCAUCAGCCAGUCAGAUGGAUGCUUCCUAUCAUUUGUUUGUCAUCAUGCAAUCUACGAUGGAGAGGCUAUGGAAAAGCUAUUGUUUGAGGUUGAGCAAACGGUCAAAGGAAAGCCCCUCCCACCAACGGUUCCUACGUUUGAUUCGUUCUUAAGUCAGGCCCUUUCUCUGCCUUCAUCGACAGAGGAUUUCUGGAAGAAUCACCUGAAUGACUUCAGACCAAUAUUGCUUCGGAACGAAAGCUCCAUCUCCAUAAGAGAAAGCAAAGUUUCAGCCAGCAUUCUCGAAAUGCCUUUGUCCGGUGUGCAGGAGCGGGCCCACAAUCUCGGGUUCUCACUUUUGACCACGCUCCAGAGUGUUUGGACAUGUGUUCUCAGUCUACUGGGAGAAGAAGACGACGUCUGCUUUGGAAACGUGUACAACGGUCGAUCUCUGCCCCUAGGCGGAAGCGAUGAGCUUGUUGCGCCUUGUUUCAAUACCUUGCCCGUCCGUGUGCAGUUGUCGACGUUACGCACCGUCAAGGAUCUGAUGUCAUAUUUCCAAGCGUUGAAUCCAGAUAUGAUGAAACAUCAGUUCACACCGUUGAGACAUAUUCAGAGAAAAUAUGCUGGUGGUAGUGGCCGCCUCUUCGACAGCCUCUUGCUGCUCCAGCAACCGUCACGACCACUUGACAGCAUAGUUUGGACGCUUGAACGAGACGAUGGGGAGAUGGAUGAUCGGCUGCUUUUCAACCUGUCGAAGUGGAGGCUCGAUGCAGCGCAAGCUGCAAUCAACAACAUGCAGGUGCCACCGUGGCAGAUCGUCAUCGUGGAAGACCUCAAUGGCACGGGAGUGACCUGUCAUUUGGCCAUUCAUCAUGGCCUGUACGACGCGGCCAGUCUCAGUAGUAUUCUUGACAAUGUUUCGCGAUAUGCCAGUGGCUUACCACUCAAACGGGCUCCACAGACUGAGACUGCAGUGUCCGAGAUUCUCCAUCAAAUCACAUCAUCUACGUCUUCAGAUAUAUCCGAAAUGUGGAAGAAACUGGCCACACGUGCAGUCAUCAAUACAUUCCCUGUUCUCACACCACUCAAGGCCAAGUCGCCUUUGGUGAAAGUUGCAGUCAGCCAAAGCUCCAAGUCGUUUACUGAGAUUUUUGGUGCCGCCAUGAACUCUGGUUUCACCGUUCAUGCAGUUCUCCAGGCAGCUUGGACUCGAAUCCUUUCGUCAUACAUCGGAGAUUCCGGUGUUGUAUUUGGAACUGUGUUGUCUGGACGAAACUCAGAAGCGACAUCUGACGCCGUCUUUCCGUGUCUGACAACGCUUCCUGUCGUUGCAGAGAAUCAUGCAUGCAACCGCCAACUUGUGGAGCAGUUGAUGAGUUCCAAUAUCCUGCUCCAAAAGACACAGCAUGUCCCAUUAAGCCAAAUUCAAAAGUGGCUGGGACGAGCUGACUCGCGCCUAUUUGAUACUCUUCUGGUCUACCAAAAUAUUGACCGCAAUGGGGAGGCUGGACAAGUCCAUCUGCCGUGGAAAAUCAUCGACGAAGAGGCGCAUGUUGACUAUCCCAUCUCUCUCGAAGCCACUCCUCAGACAGAUGGGCCGAUGCAGUACCAACUCACGUUCGAUGCCAGCGUCAUCCCCGUCGAGCAGGUGGAACUCCUUCUCCGCCAGUUCGAUGCCACCGUAUGUCACCUCGCUUUUCACCCUGACAACAACGAGGAUGAUUUGAUAGCAACGGAGCCAACGAUUUUCAGUGCCUUGCCUGCACGAGACACAGAGCUGGAGUCCGAAAUCAAGCUGAUGCAUCAAUUUGUGGAACACCAGGCAAGGAAAAUACCGCACAAAACGGCUUUACAGUUUGUUACGGCUUUUGACGGCGCCGGAAACCCAGUCUCCAAAGAGUGGACCUACGCAGAGCUGAAUCAUCGCGGUAACGCGGUAGCCUCAAUCGUGUCUCAGCAUUCUGUCCCGGGAAGCAUUGUUUCCAUUUGCUUUGACAAAUGCCCCGAGGCUUUCUUCGCAAUUCUGGGAAUCCUCAAAGCUGGAUGUUCGUUUGUAGCCUUGGAUCCCGAGGCACCAUCAACCCGAAAGGAAUUCAUCUUGCAAGACUCCAAAGCUGUCCUCCUCCUUACAGACACUCUGAGGGCAUGCCAGCCGUCGUCUACAACAGGCCUUUUCGAUUCAGCUGUGGGGGUGGCAAUCAUUGGAUUGGACGAGUCCUCUCUGGCAUCCCAGCAUGCCGGAGAUCUGGACAUUCAAUUUUCCACAAGUCGUGAGAUUCUUCCAAACGACAACUGCUACUGCCUGUACACAUCUGGCACAACCGGGACACCAAAGGGUUGUGCGAUCACACAUGAAAAUGCUGUGCAGGCUAUGCUGGCUUUCCAGGAGCUGUUCCGGAGCCACUACGACGAAACUUCGCGUUGGCUUCAAUUUGCCUCCUUUCAUUUUGAUGUCUCUGUUUUGGAGCAGUACUGGACUUGGUCUGUUGGCGUUGUUCUCGUUGGUGCUCCUCGGGACCUCAUUCUUGAAGAUCUUGCAGGCACGAUAUCACGGCUCUGCAUAACUCACAUCGACUUGACACCGAGCUUGGGACGCCUGCUUGAUCCAAGCGAUGUCCCGACUUUGUGUCGAGGCGUAUUCAUAACGGGAGGUGAGCCGUUGAAGCAGGAGAUGCUGGAUUCUUGGGGCCCAACUGGUGCGGUGCACAACUUCUAUGGACCAACAGAAGCAACGAUCGGUGUGACAUCGUACCCUCAAGUGCCACAAAAUGGACGUGCAUCGAAUAUUGGCAGGCAAUUUCCCAACGUCGGAUCUUUUGUGUUCCGCCCUGGAACACAGACCCCAGUCUUGCGCGGUGCUGUCGGUGAGCUUUGUGUCUCCGGAAAGCUCGUAGGCAAGGGCUAUCUCAACCGUGAAGACUUGACGAGUGAACGCUUUCCAACUUUGAGCGAAGAAGCCUACCCAGGGUACGGGGAGCGCGUCUACCGUACCGGAGAUCUUGUGCGGCUGUUGUACGACGGCUGCUACGACUUCCUUGGGCGGGCUGAUGACCAAGUAAAGCUGCGAGGUCAACGACUUGAAAUCGGCGAAAUUAACCAUGCGAUACGUCUUGGAGUUGGGAAUAGCAUUGGCGACGUUGCAACACUUGUCAUACGGGACGACGUGAACAAAAAGGACUUUUUGGUCUCUUUCGUCGUCAUCUCAGACACAUCUUUGGCUUCGUCUGCAGUUUCGAGAAAAGGUCUUUCUUUGGUGCCGAUUCCAGGCGACACGGCAGCUGCUCUGUCCAGGCAAGUACAGGCGGCUUGCCGCGAACGACUUCCGGGAUACAUGGUGCCGACUUAUGUGGUCCAGCUUCCGUUCAUUCCGCUAUCAGCAAACAACAAGGCUGAGGCAAAAGAGCUGAGACGGCUGUUCAAUUCUCUGACACCAGAAGACCGCAUGAAAACGACGGGAGCCGGCCAUGCUGGCGACCAGAUCGAUACCCUGAGUGGCUCUCCUGGGCAAGAGUUGUUGUAUGUAUUACGCCAGCUGUCCCUCUUGGACAAGGACGAGGGGCUGGCACCGAAUACUAGCAUAUUCGAGCUGGGAAUCGAUUCAAUCUCGGUCCUUCGGUUUGCACGGGCUCUCAAGAAAAUCGGCCUUCCUGCUGCACCGGCACUUCUCCUAUCUCAUCCUAUUAUCGGCGACCUCGUUAUUGCGUUGAAGACUCAAAAAACAGCUGCCGAUCUUGGGCCACUUUUGGAAGCCCGUCUCCUUGUGGAAGCCUGCCAACACAGAAACCGUAGCCAUGUAUGUAAUGCGCUUGGCAUCAGCCCCGAUGAUAUCGAGUACAUUGCCCCAUGCUCGGCUCUUCAACAAGGCAUGGUGUCUCGAUCGAGGUCAGGACAAGAAACCACGCAAGCAUAUUUCAACACGUUCACAUUCAAGCUGGCGGAGGAUGUGUCGAUCGAACGCCUGAUGGAAGCCUGGAAAGUGGUGGUGCGAAGAAACUCGAUUCUUCGCACUCGGUUUGUUGUCACCAAUGAGGGCGUUGUCCAGGCUGCCCUGAAGUUUGCCGACGUUCCAUGGACACAAGUUUCUCUAGAUGGCGGAAAGGACAUCGCAGAAGCUUUGGAAGAAUAUACUGCUGUCUGGGUCAGCUCCAACGAUGGUGAUGUGAUUCGCAGCCCUCUUGAAUUCUUGGUGGGCGAACGGCAGGGAGAUCGGUGUUUCGUCAUGCACAUUUUCCAUGGCCUCUAUGAUGCCAUCAGUUUGGAUCGCAUUCUCGACCAAGUUUUUGCCGACUACGAAGGCAUGAUGGGAGACGAUGGCCAAGAUGGCGGUACGUCGUUUUUGGAUGCCUUGAUACACGGACCUCUACGCAGCUAUGGGAACAGCCGCCCUUUCUGGGAGACACACCUCAGAGAAAGUUUCUUCAAGCCACUUUCAAGUUCGGCUUCAUCGGCAGAAAGCCUCCUGGACAUCACUGCGAAGCGGUCCAUUCCCUUUGACUCUAUUAACAGUCUCUGCUCCUCUUUGGGGGUUACUCACGCAGCCUUAAUUCAGGCCUUAUGGGUAGCUGUACUCCAAGAGACAUAUGGCGAUGGCACUACCCUAGGCCUGGUUCUUUCUGGACGGACCAUUUUCGACUUGGACGGUGUCGAAGGUGUUAUUGGUCCGUUGUUCAACACGCUUCCCUUCUACAUGCCGAGAAGGAAGAACGAGACCUGGGCCUCACUUGCAAAGGAAUGUCAUGCCUUCAACACGGCCAUCCUACCAUUCCAACAAGUCCCACUUCGAGAUGUUCAAAAAUGGUGUUCUUCUGGGCAGCCGCUAUUCGACAUCUUGCUUUCAUUCCAAUUUGGUGGCGCGUCGUCAUCUGCUCAGAAGAUCUGGACAGAGGUGGACUCAAGCACUCAAGCAGACUACCCCCUCGCCCUCGAAGUCAUCCUAGAUGGGGCCACUGAUGGCACUUCGAAUGUCGAAUUUUUGCUUGUUGCCAGGGCUGGGGCUUUCGAAGAAGCAACGGUUCAUCAAAUUGUUGACAGACUUGUCUUGGCAGUGGAUACAAUGUCAAGGAACACUGAAGACUUGAUUUUCGCGGCUGAAAGCGAAGAUUGCGCCAUUGCGGAGGAGGCAAGUGACAUCGUCAAUUUUGCCGACAGUGGAAACUCACUUGAAUGCGUUGCUAAGAAAACGCCUGCCCAUCUUUCGCUGUUCGAGUGGGAAGGCGACGCGACGAAGAUCAGGCAAGAGCUCUCCCUCUUGAGUGGAACCACAAUUGACUCGAUCCACGAAGAAACGACUCUCCUUGAGCUUGGCCUAGACAGUGUGGACACAAUCAAACUCUCAGCACGUCUUAGAGCACUGGGAAUCCAUCUUUCGAACAGUCAACUUAUUCGUGGCCAAUGCAUCUCGGAGCUCGUCAAAGUGAUUGCCACGACAGCUGGCAAGACGGGGGAAAACGAUACUGAUGGCAAGGCCGACAAGUCUCUUAUACUGUUGAAUAGUGUUUCCGCUUCGCUACGGGAAUACCUUGCUCUCAGUGGACGUGACCUUUCUUUCGUGGAAGAUGUUUUACCGCCGACCCCAUUGCAAGAAGGCCUAAUCGCAGAUAUGAUUCAGUCUGGAUUCACACGUUAUUUCAAUCACGACAUUUUAGAGUUGGAGCCGGGUGUUGAUUCAGACCGGCUCAAGAACGCCUGGAUGAGCGUUGUCAGAGCAAGCCCAAUUCUGCGGACAGUCUUUUACGCUGUUGACAGUCUGGAAAUUGACGUGUCCUAUUGUCAAGUCGUGAAGCGCGACAUUGACAUUGAGGAUUUGAUCACAGAUUGCGAAGCCUCCGGUCAAGACGACUUGAUUGGUCUCGUAGAAGCAGUCAGAGAACGAGCGAUGAAAUCGGAAGGAGAGUCCGGUCUUCUUCAUCUGACUUUCGUCCACAUACCAGUAGAACAACGCCGCUAUCUCGUCUUGUCUAUUUCUCACUCUCUGUAUGAUGGAUGGUCUCUGGAUCUGAUGCACCGCCGUGUCGAAUCUGCGUAUAGGAACCCGGCGGGUGACACAGGGCAUCCUGACACCAGGUCGCCUUAUCUUCAGCAGCUCGGCAACAUUCUCAACUCGUCAGGUCCACAAUCAGAGAGCUUCUGGAGAAGCUUCCUCUCAAACGCGCAGCCAACGCAUGUGAAGGCGAGUACGGAGAGCCAGGAGCAAACUGGUGGAGGCAAAGCAGUCACACGUAUCGAAACGGCAUCCUCAGUUUCAGCCGCUGGUCUCCUCAGCUUCUGCAGGAAAGAGGCAACGAGCGUACAGGUUGUUGGACAGGCGUGUUGGGCCGCUGUCUUAGCUACACUGACGGGGUCGUUGGAUGUUGUCUUUGGAGUCGUCUUGUCAGGAAGGGAGACCGAAGGGGCCGAUGAGCUUCUGUUCCCGACCAUGAACACUGUGCCAGUACGCGUCAUAUUGCAUGGCACAACGGCUGAGCUGCUGCAGUACAUGCAGUCGAAUAUGGGAAGCAUCAGCGAGAACCAACACUUCCCCCUGCGCAAAGCACAGAGAAUGGUUGCCAAGUCUGAAUUCGUCGGUGAAUACGGUGCUUUCAAUACCUUGUUCAUUUUCCAGAAGCGAACACCAAGACAGCCCUCUUCCUUCGAAGAAGAUAAUCAGCCACUGAUGCAUUCGAUUGAAGGGUUCUCAGACGUCGAGUACCCGAUUUGUGUCGAAAUGGAGGUAGUCAGUUUCGCUGGCAGCGAGUCAAUUAUUUGGCGGAUGGCUUGCGACAGCUCAUAUGCAUCGAGCAGUGAUGCCUCCCGCAUCGUGCAUGAGCUAGACACUGCUCUCCGAUUCCUCGUCCAGUCUUCAUCUUCUCCGGCACACCAGGACAGUAUUCUACGUUUUGAAGAGAAAGGCGUGUCGCUUUGCGGGCUGCCGACCUUCACUCCCCUCCUGGCAAAGGAAGUUGGGAGUCAGAGAAAGCAGACGUCGCCGGUGGAGCUAAGCAACAAUUCGUGGUCCCUGGUCGAGGAAGCUAUCAGGUCGACUCUGUCGGUGGUGUCAGGUGUACCUUCCGAAACUAUCAAGAGAAGAGGGCAGACGCUCUAUCACCUGGGACUCGAUUCCAUCAGCGCCAUCAAGGUCAGCUCUCUCUUGAGAAAGACGCACGGUCUAUCGCUUGGGGUGCGCGAAAUGCUUGCUUCCGAAUCAGUUCAAGAUAUGGCAGCGUUUGUCACAGCUAAGCAGUCAUAUGCCACCCCAAAUGACGAUGAAAAGCAAAUCACUGCCUCGAUCUCAACCAUACUGGAUUCUGUUCAGGCAGAUGCAGUAAUAUGUGCGGCUGGAAUAUCGAACGAUGAGAUCCAGCAGGUUCUGCCUGCGACGGCAAUGCAGGUGCAUAUGGUCAGCGUCUGGCAGACCUCGAAUGGUGAGGUUUUCUUCCCCGAGUUCCAUUAUAGUCUAAGCGGGGUCUCUGGAGGGCGAGAAGCAGUCUUCGCCGCAUGGGAAGCAUUGGUGGCCGAAGUCCCGCUUUUGAGAACCGUAUUGUUGGCAACGGCAUCCAGCACAGUACCGAUACUUCAGGUAAUCUUGAAGCCCGCUUCUGGUGUGCGAUCCUCCGUCAGUGAAGAAGUGUGGCCCGCGGUGGCAAGACACAAGCCGCUGGCUUUCUUGACUGCCACAUCUGCGACUGAGAGCGACCGUUUUGUGCUGGCUUUGAGGAUUCAUCAUGCGUUGUACGAUGCAGUCAGCCUCCAGACCAUUCUGGACCGCUUCCAGCGACUCUGCAGCAGUGAGGCCACGGACGUGAUGCCCCUUGUCAGCGAGAAGACAGAUACAUUCGGAUCAUGGACAUGGAUGAUAGCACGCCAGAUGUCUGAGACCUCCAAGAGACUGCAACAAGAGUUUUGGACCAGGUAUUUCUGCUCAGCAGCGAAAGACGCACCCAAACGUGUGUCUGUGUCGACAGAGGCCCCUCUGGGUCGUGUUUCACUGUACAAAGAGGCGGUCCUUUCAAAUAUUACCGUCUUGCGGACAGUGGCCUCGACUCAUGGUCUGAGCCUUCAGAGCCUACUGUUUGCAGCAUAUGCAAAAGCGCUGUGUAUGGACAAGAGAAAGAAAGACGUCAUCUUCGGAAUUUACCUUGCAAACAGGGAAAACGAGGUCGAAGAAAGCGGGAGGCUGAACAAGCUUUUGCAAUAUCCAACAUUGUGUUUGGUCCCACUACUCAUAUCGUCGCCCACACAGCGAAGCAUGGUCGACCUGGCACAACAAAUUCAAAGAGACAUCCAUGCCAUAUCGUCACCUCUGGCGCCAUCCUCGCCAGCACCAGCAACAUCGGGUCUCUGGGAAAUUCGGGAUUGGGCAGGGAUUGAGGUAGACUCUUUUGUCAAUUUCCUGCUACCAGAUCAGGACAUGGAGACAAAAUCGGCCGGCGGUCGGUCUGCGAGUCUGGAAUUAGUCAAGUCAUCGGGCGAUAUUUCGGCAAUGCCCGUGUCUGAUACAAUCUCCUUCAAGCCAGACUCAUACGAUGGCCUAGGGGGAAAUACUGUUAAAUACGUUUACAAGGAUGCUAUUGAUUUGGAAAUGGCCGUUCGGGGUGAUCGGCUGGACAUGGGAGUGUUUGGCUCGCAUACCAAGCUUGGGGAUGAUGGAGCAGGAGAGCUCAUGGCCAAAGUCAUAUUCUACUUGCUAGAGAGCAGUGUGUGA